AUCGACGAUGGCUUACUUACGAAUGAAAACAUUUUUUUCGCAACAUACGCCCGAAAAGUGCUUGGCAUAAGCAAUAAAUGUAUGCAUGUAAACACUGAACAUACGACACAUCUGUUGCAAUUGCAAGUAAUCGACACGAAAAACCUAAUCUCUAUCGAUAUUUGAUGAAACACUUUUCAAUCCCACGAAUUAAGUAUAAAAGGGGUGCUAUUUUUCUCAGGACAUCACUUCACUGAUCACUUUUGAACAGUAGGUAACCUAGUGAGACAGUUCAUCAGCUUACGACAAACCAAAGCAAAUUGGAAUUGGAUUCGAAUUGGCAGUUCAUGAUGAAGACAGCAGUCAUACUUUGUUUCUUGGUUGCGCUCGGCGCGGCCAAGCAACAUGAUGGAGCCUGGCAACAGCAAACGCAGUAUCGUUACAAGGUUCACACUCAAUCCGUAGCUGCUAUCCCGAAUUUGAAGAAUCAAUGGGUCGGUACAUACACCAAAGCCGAUUUGAUCAUUGCCCCAUUCUCAAAUGACGUCUUGAUUGGUAAGCUGCAAAACGGAGAGCAGAGCGAGUGGCAUGACGCAUUGCCCGAAGGCCCAGCUAAGCACCUGCCAGAAGAAAAGCUUUCGUACCGCCCAAUGGAAAUAAACUCAAAGCCAUUCGAGAUCCGUUUGAACGAAGGUGUCAUCCAUAGCAUUGCCGUCGACAAACAAAUGACCAACGUCGAAUUGAACCAACUGAAGAGUAUCCUCAGUCAAUUGCAAGUCGACAUUCAGGCCAGAAACGCAAUGGAAAGCCAAGAUAACCAUUUGCCACAGAACCAAGACAACGAGGACAACCACAACCAGGCGCUAUUCAAAGUCAUGGAACCAACGGUGACUGGCAAAUGCGAAUCAUUCUACGAUAUCUCCCGUGUGCCAUUGUAUUUGGCUCAAGCCUACCCAGAAUACGAUUCAAAUGUUCAAUUGCAACAAGGUGAACACUUUUAUGAAGUGUACAAAACCAAGAACUACACCAAUUGCGAACAACGUUUGGGCUACCACUUUGGAAUUCACGGAAUGAACGAAUGGAAACCAAGCUCCAACCUCAUGGGUAGUCUCACAAGAUCAGCCGUCAGCCGCAUCAUCAUCUCUGGAUCAUUCGAGAAGUUCACCAUCCGAUCAUCGGUCACCACAAACCGCGUUGUCAAAGCUAACCCAGAAAAAGACACUCAACAUGAUUCAAUGGUCGUGAGCCAGGUCAACUUGACAUUGGUGUCGAUGGAAGAGACCCAAAGCAAACCACAAAUUCAAACCGAGCAAUUGAUCGAUGUUGGUAACCUCGUCUACUCAUACGACUUGCCAUCAGACUCGAAAAACUCCAUUCGCCCAAAACCAGAUUCAUCCGAAAGUGAGGAGAACGACGACUACGAUUCUAAUGUAGCCAUUGAGAAAAAAUGGCGCAACCCUCGUUCAAUCGGACAACGCAAAUCGAACCAAAACAAUGUUGACGGCUAUGAAGAUGAGUCAAUCGAUGAGCAUCAAGAAUACUACCAGCCAAAACCAACAUUGAAGAACGCCCCAGAAAACCCAUUUCUCAAUUACUUCGUUGGCUACAAAGGUCAAUCAAUCCAAAACCGAAAGCAGUUCAACGCACCAACUGAAGUUCAAAAGCUCGUCGCUGAAAUCGUACAAGAUUUGCAAGAAGUUAGUGAAAUGCCCGUCAAGUACACACUUCGCAAGUUUAACGUUUUGACCAAAGUCAUUCGCACCAUGAACGCCGAACAAAUCGAACAAACGACCCGUUAUUUCGAGCAACAAGACCAACAAACAUCGGAAAAAAGCUGCAAAGUGUACCGCGAUGCUUUAUUGAGCGCCGGAACUGGACCAGCCAUCAACGAAUUGAUGGGAUGGAUCGAAGAAGGUAAAUUAAAGGGUGAAGAAGCUGCUGAAGUGAUCGCCGCAUUCCCAAAAACCAUUCGCGAGCCAACCCAAGAGAUGCAACAACGAUUCUUUGAUUUCGUGAAAAAUGAUGCCGUUAAAAACCAAUGGAAUGUCAACACAACCGCCGGUAUCGCAUUCACUCGUUUCAUGUUCCGUGGUCAAACGAACAAUAAAGCCUCCAGCAAAUACUAUCCAGUCAACACCUACGGCCGCUUGGCUGAUCGUGACAGUAAAUUCGUAUCUGAAAAGGUUAUUCCAUACUUUGCCCAAUUGCUCGACAGCUAUGUCAAAGAACAAGAUGCUGCAAACACAUUGUAUGCAAUCCGUGCUUUGGGUAACUUGGGACACUCAGACGUUGCAAACGUAUUCGAACCAUAUUUGACCGGUGAAGAGCGUGUAAGUGAUUUCCAGCGUUUGGCCAUCGUUUUGGCAAUGGACAAAUACAUGGUUAACAACUAUAAGGAGGGUCAGGUGAUUACCUACAAACUGUACCAAAACAAAGGCGAAACUAAUGAAGUCCGUUCGGCUGCCGUCUUCCAACUGAUCCGCGCCAAUCCAACUGCAUCUGUUCUUCAACGCUUGGCCGAAGAGACAAACACCGAAGAGAGUAACGACGUUCGUGCCGCUGUCCGAUCAGCUUUGGAAUCGGCCGCACGUUUGACCAACCCAAAGAACAUUGAACUCGCCCGCAACGCUAAAGCUGCCUUGAACUUACUCAAACCAGAGAAACAAGGAGUCCAAUACUCACGCACCUACUUGCGCGACUACACCAUCAGCCAAAUUGAUGCUGCAUACGAACAACAAUCGAGCUACUUCGUCAAUGGUGACAGUUUCAUUCCAAGCGGAGUUUAUGUCAACACAGUUGCACACCUCGGUGCAUUCGCUCGCCGUGCAGAAUACCAAGCCAUCGUCUCAAGCGUCGAAGAGUUGAUCAACGCAUUCAACGACAAUAUCAACUCAUCGAAAUCAUCGGGCCGCCAAAACAACCAAAAUGGAAACAACUACGGCUACUACAACUACAACGAAGACUCCACCCAACAACAGUCCGUUUGGUCAGCCAAGAAAAUCAUGAGCUUGUUGAACAUGAAACCAAACCAAGCCAAACAACAAUUGGAAGGACAAAUCUUCUUCGACAUUCUUGGAUCGAAACGCUUCUUUGCCUUCGACAAACAAUCAUUCGCACAGAACCCACACCAAAUUAUGAAGAUCGUCAACGAACUCCGCAACGGUGCCGAUGUUAAAUACACCAAAUUCUACAAUCAAGACGAUGUUACGAUCUCAUUCCCACUUGAAACCGGUAUUCCAUUCACAUUCACUUUCCGUACGCCAAUGCUUGUUCAAGUUAACGGCCAGAUUCGUGUUCGCUCCAACCCCGAUAUGGUUGACAACGCUGAAAAUCAGAUUCGCAUGCCAGAGACUGUUAACGUAACUGGUGAAAUCGAUGCCGUCUACGCUGUCAACAGCGAAGUGAUACUUUCAUUCAUCAAUCCAAGCACAAGCCAACGCUAUACAGCCGGCUACGAUAAGAAGGUACAAGUCCAUGUCCCAAUUCGUAUUUCAAGCGACAUUGAUCUGCUCAACCAUGAAAUCAAAACCGAAUUCAAGCCACUGAACGCCGAAAAAUCCACGAAAGUCUUGCAAAUGGGCUCAUGGCCAUUCACCGCCCGCGACAACAUCUUCGACUUCCGUCCAUUGCCUGAAUCCCAACACACUAAGGAAAUUCACUCACGUCCAAUUCGCGAAUCGAACAAUGAGCUUGGCGAAAACGAAACUGGCUACGUGUUCGUUAUGAAGGGAACACAAGAAAGGGACUCAAACCAAAUCGCCAACGUGUUCAAGCAAUUGCGCAACCACGGUUUGACCUCAUUCUUUAUGUUCGGCCAACAAUACAUGUCACCACAACACUACUCACUCAAUGUUAUGUUGGAUGCCAAACGAUCAACCACCAAAGCCACCAAAUUCACCUUUAAAUACGACAGCGAAUCCGUCAAUGGCCAGAACCAAUACACCUACCAACAAAAAUCAACUCACCCAAGAGCCAGAGGACAAUCAGCUGAUGGAAGCGAACACUUGGCCAUCCCAGUCGCAACCGAAUCAAACAGCCAACCACGCCGUGAACAAUUCAUGCGCAACGCCGCUGAAGGCAUACCCGCAACAAAUGGCGCUGAUGUUUUGGAUGUUUCGGUUGAAUUCGUUGGACAGAAGAAACUUCAAUACGUUGCCACAAUCUCAGGCGUAUCAAGCAAGACUGAAGGAAAAUCCCGCAUUCUAUUCUUCGCCCAGAAAUCCACAUCGGGCUCACCAAGCAAAGCUAUGUACUUGCAAGUCGAUGCCAAAUACCAAACAGCCGAUGAAUUCCGUCAACAAAACCAACAAAACCAUCAAUUGAAACCAUUCGCUGACGUCAAAUUCAAACUGAGCUACUCACUCGACAAUGUUCUCGAAUUGGCCACCGUUGAAGGAAAGUUCAACAUGAAACAAUCGACAGACUUCCACAAAUAUAUGCAACAAGUGUACAACUCAAGAUCAUCCGUUGAAACACCAUUCGUGUACCCGAACACCGUUGAUCACAUCGAUGUUGAAGUUGACUACCAAAAUGCUCCGACUGCAGUUUGGGAAAAGGAAUUCGGCAUGAAAUUGUCCCAUGCAUACAAAUACGUACGCUACACCACUCUCUGGAACUCGAUUGAAGACACCGAAUACCAAGGCCAAAAGGACAAGGUUGCAUUCGAAAUUCGUUUCUCACCAGACAUGAGAUCGGUCAAUUUGACGUUGAAAGCACCAACCAUGAAAACCGAAUGGAACAGAGUACAUAUGCCAUCGAUGACCAAGAAUAUGGUCGUUGUACCCACCAACUGGAACAUCUACGAAGAAUUGAAACGCGAAUUCAUCCAAAACCGUGACACAUGCACAGUAUUUGGCCAAGAAACCAACACCUUUGAAAACCGUACCGUCAAACACGGCACCAUGGGUAACACAUGGCACUUGGCUGUGCACAAAAUGCACGAAGGUGUCUACACUGAAAACCAAAAUGAAAACAACAAACGCGUCCACUUGGUCUCGGCUUUGGUGCGUGAUGCCCAACAAUCUGAUGAGGUGAAACAACAAACCUACAACUUCGUCGACAACGAAUCAAAAGUGUACGGCGAUGCCAAGAAGAACAACAAGGAAGUGUUGAUUGUUUUGCAUCAACAGAACAAGAAUGACAUCACUGUGCAAUUGAGCCCAAGCACCGAACGCAACAACAGCCCACGUCUUUUCGUCAAUGGAAAGGAACAAGAUUUGAGCCAAUCGUCGACAGUUGAGGUACCCUCAACGGAAAACCCGAAUGAAGUGUUGGCACGCGUCUUUGUCGUCGAAGGACAACAACAAGCUCGCAGUCUUCGCGUUGAAACGACUCAAGGCAACAUGCAAGUGACAUACGACGGUCAAAACGUGCAGUUCCGCAGCAAGAGCUUGUACCGCAACAACCGCGGUAUUUGUGGAUCAUUCAACGGCCAAAACGCAAACGAAAUGCAAUCACCACAAAACAAAGUCAUCAACAACGACAAAGAGUUCGCCGCAUCAUGGGCUGUUGUCAAUGAAAACUCAGCCACUGACAACGUCAUGAAACAAUUGAAACAACGCAUCCAACAAAAGCAAUACCCAACCGACGAUGUUUUGUACAGCCAUCCAGUGCCAAAGAUGGAAAAAUCGCAGAAACCAAGGCAAAACCCGGUAGACCAAGUACAACAACCAAAUGGUCAAUAUCAAAAUGCCCAAUACUGGGAAGAGAACAAGCAAAACACCAACCAGAACUCGAAUCAACCGGCCAAGAUCGGCACCAAACACCAAACUCAAUUCGUUGAAGAUUUCGAGAACCAACGCAUUUACUUCAGCAAACGCCCAUUGCCCGUCUGCCCACCAGGCACCAAAGCCAAUGGCAAAGUCAUUCAAAACGUUGAAGUGGUUGGCCGUGACAUCAACGAUCCAGCUGCUCAACAAUACAAAGAACAAAUCCAACGUGGUCGCAACGUGGACAUGAGCAACUACGCCACCAGCACUGUGAAGAAAUUCGCCAUUCCAAAACGAUGCGAACGUCAAAUGUAAGGCCAAUGAUCAACAAUUGCACCUCAACGAAAUAGACCCAUUUAAUGGUGACGUUAUUCAUGCCAACUUUACAUGGCUAAGAAAAGAAAAAAAAAUGAAUUCCCCUUCCCCUUGAAUGUAUAUACAUCCCAGCAUAAGAAUCUCCAAAAUGGAAAUGAAAAAAAAUGAAUAAAAAAAAAUGAAUUUUUAAAUAAUCAAGAAAAA